AUGAGAUCAGCUGGAUUUGACUAGACUCUAAAGAGGAGUGUUUGGCUUAUUGAAAUUCAUCUUGACCUUAAUCUAUAUCCUACGCUUAUUUAGAUAUAUCUGAUUUUAUUUCAGUAGCAUGUGAGUGGAAGUCUCCUAGAUUCGAUAUAGAAGAUAAGAAUUGGGAAGAGCAAUACAUGUAGGCACUCUACUUUGAAGUCGUCACUAUGUUAACUAUAGAAUAUGGUGAUAUGUCACUAUUGUAUUUGUGUUGGGUGCAUGUAUGAAUAUUCAACUUAUGUGAAUAGGUAAUGGGUAUCCAAUAGUGUUAAUUUCAUCCGCAGUAUCAUCCAUGAUAUCACACAUAACUAAGCGGAAAGUAAUAGGAGAAUGAGAGAUAUUAACAAAUACAUGGAUUAAAGGAAGAUACCGUAGAGUUUACAAAGAGUACUUCUUUCAGAUGAUUUUCAAAAGUACUGUCAAUUGAAGGAAGCCAUUACUUUGAGUUACCAUCCAUUCGACAUCCAGAGUGAAUAGAUUAAUUAGUGA